AUGGCGGACGGCACUCAAGGAGUUUUCGAGAGCGUUCUUUCAUCACAUCAUUGCCAGUCUCGUUGUGAGUUUUGCUCACAUAAUAUUUCAAAGUACACUUGCCCUCGUUGUAGUGCUCGUUAUUGCUCCAGUACUUGUUAUAAGAGCCAAAAACACCGGCAAUGCUCCGAACUGUUUUACAAAGAGUGCGUCAUGACAACGUUGAGUGAACAAGAAGCAAGCUGCGAAAGUAAACGAAAAAUGCUUGAAAUGUUAAGGAAACUGGAGGAAGAAGAUAGGGAAGCGAACGGUGAUUUUGUCACUGACGAUUUGGAGGAACGAUUGGGCGAGAUCGACCUCAACACGACUGAUGCUGAAGUUAUUUGGUCGGCCAUGACCGAGAAGGAGCGAAAGCAAUUUGAAGCGGCCGUGGAAACUGGACAUAUUUACGAAAUGAUUGACAUUUGGGUCCCAUGGUGGACUCCAAGAUAUGAUACUCAAAACAGGUUAGUUUUGAAACUUUUGCCUGUCAUCUUUUUUCAGGGGAGGGGUAGUGGGGAAAUGUGGUCGUUUUCCACAAUUUUCCCCCUUCCCCAUUGCAAUAGGGUAAAGUUGCUCGAACAUCACCCUUAAUUAUUAUAUUUAUCAAAUCGACAACAAUUUUCCUUGGUCUGUAUUCUUAUCAGCCUUAGAAGAGAGGUCAAAGUUAUCAAAGUUUUCAGUGCAAAGUUUUGUUCAUUUUGACAUCAUAGGUUGAUUCUCAAUUUCCUAGGAAACAAAGGAAAUUGAGAAUUAACCUACGUUAAAUCAAAAUUAACCUGAAAUCAAAUUUGACCUGUAACGUACGCCCCAUGGAAAAUUGUGGUCAAUUUGCUUUUUUGGAAUAACAUUGACAAUUUUUGAGGAGCGCAACAGUCUGUGACCCAGCGAGCUACGCAAGCCAUGGAAAAAAAAAGAGUUUUCAUGGAAUUGCAAAUGCACGAAAAAUGGUUCCUGCUUAGUUUCCUAUAGAUGUGCAGCGUGCAAAGAAAGUAGUGUCCGAUAUCCCGGGGCUAGUGGAUUUUGCUAUUGGGCUAGUGAAAUCUGUUUUAACUUGCCCGACGGGCAAGUGAUGUUCUUUGAGGAAUUCGAAUAACAGAAGAAGUGUGAAAUCAAUUCUGCUCGACAAAAAGCUUUUGGGGCUAGUUGAAAUGAUGUCUGGGCUAGUAAAUGCUAGCUUUAGCUUGCCCGAAUGGCAAGCUGUAAAAAUGAUUUUCUUUGCACCCUGGAUGUGUGAGGUUUUACUGCUGGAAUAUUUGCAGAAUUGUCCAGUAUUGGGCGACUUUCAUUGAUUAGAGUUAAGUACUCAUUUUACUGACUAGGGUGAAGCACUUGCUUUACGGAUUAGAGUAAAGUGCUGUUUAGGGUUAAUUUUUUUUUAAAGAUUGGGGUUAAGUGUUUUUUAUGGUUCAACACUCAUUUAUCCAGUUAGCUUUUGUUUUUUUUUUUCAUAUUACUGCUUUUUCUAUUUUUUUCUAUUUUCUUUUCUUGCGCUGUGUCCUAACUUGUUUUUGACAUCCUUUUCUGUUGAAGUUUUUCAAAAUAUUGUGCACUCAAAAAAGAGACAAACAAAUAAGUGCCAUCAUUUCCAUGGUCUGUACUCUUUUCGACCAUAGCUUUAAACCGACUAGUGUGUAAGCAAUCCUUCAGUUAUUGUAAAAAGCUGUUUUCUUUCAUUGUCUUUGCAAUCAUUGUAUAUAUGCUUACUGCUUUUCAAGGUCUGAGAGAUAUAACAAUUAAGCAUAGUAAUGGAAUCCGAUGCAAGAGUUAAGAAUGGAUGCUUUACUGACAGGUUUCAAAGCUUUCUUGGCAAGUUUUAAUGAUGAUCUGUACUUCAAGGUGCUCCAGAAACAAAUACAAAUGACAGUAACAAAUACAAAUCUUUAUUUUGAGUCAUUGCAGAAAACAUUAUGUAGAAAAUUAUUUUUCCUACUCCUAUAAAGUUCAGUUCUAAAGCUAAGACUGGUUUAGAUUUGGGGCUGCUUGUAGUGAAGCUAAGGGAAAAAAAUUUUGAAUUAUUGAGAUUGCAAGAUCAGUUGGAUUAUUUCAACUGGCUCUUUUCAGUAGCCAAGCAUUUUUCAAACACACUAUGAGGAAUUUUUAGCUACUGCUAAUAAUUUAUUGUCCAAGAAGUUAAUUAAAGGUUGUUGUUCUUUACUAAUAGAUAUAUAAUAAUACUUUUCUAGGAAAAAAAUUGAGGAUUUAAGUGAAGAUAAUAGUGUUUCUGAGGAAAGCAACAGUAACCCUGUGGAGGCCAAAGAAGUUAGAGGUCAGCAGAUCCCAUCUGUGAAAAGGAACAUACCAUCUUUAAGUUCACUGAUGAAACAGACAAAACCAAAUCCAAACAUUCUGUUUAGUUGCAUUGAUGUUCUGUUCUCAUAUGCUUACAUAAUGAGGCUUUACAAUGGAUGCCCAGAUGACACCUCAUAUCAAGCAGCAGAGAGUUUAAUGCAGCUUUCUGCAGUUUUGUCUCAAAAUGCAGUCUUUGAGAGUAUAGAAUCUGUAGUCUAUAACUCACUCAGUGUUGUGCAGAAUUGUAAGGAAUUGUAUUCAGAAGAGUUGUCUCACUGUGCACUUCUUGAUGUGAUAAACCUGAUUCAAGGACAUGAUGUAGCUCAGAGAGCAAAUUUUACAGAUUGUGCUCUCUCUGAUUUGUGCAGAUUUCUUAGUAGAGUAAGAGAAAAACUAAAGUUGGAUAUGAAGAUGAAACAGAAGGACACAAACUUAUGCAGAUCCUUGUGGCUUGCCAAGAAAAAGACUGAAUUUUUACUAGCAUGGAUUCAUUCGAACACCACUGUUUUGCAAUCUGUUGUCUCAAGUGUACAAGUUUUACAUGCAGAGGUAACAGAGAGCUGUAAACAACAUAAGGAAGAAACUGAAAGGCUGGAAAAAACUUGGAGAGGAACAAAACCUCCAAAGAAAAUGCCACUGAUCACUGAAAUGUAA